AUGUCAUACUCUUCUGAAGAUAAGAAGCCUCAAGUUGCAACAAAAGUACAUAGACUGUCCUCAAGAAGUCUGUCUAUUGGCGUUGGAGAAAUUCAUGAAUUCAGAUCUCCUAUUCAAGCUCAUGGUUUAAGUUACCAGGAAGCUCGGGCUAACCUUGCUCUUGUAUCAGACACAGGCUAUAAACCAGAACUAAGAAGAAACUUUUCUACAUUGGCUUUGCUAGGAUGUGGUUUUGGUCUUACGAAUUCCUGGUGUGGUAUUUCGGGGUCCUUGGUUACUGGUAUUUCCAGUGGCGGACCAAUGAUGAUCGUAUAUGGUAUUCUUAUUAUCACAGUUAUCUCGUUAUGUGUUGCCGUGAGUCUAUCUGAGCUUGCAAGUGCUAUGCCUAAUGCUGGUGGACAAUAUUACUGGACCAUGAGACUAGCUCCCAGGAAAUAUGCUCCCAUUGCUUCCUAUAUGUGUGGUGCUUAUGCUUGGGCUGGUUCUGUUUUUACUAGUGCUUCGGUUACUAUUACUCUUGCAACGGCAAUAGUUGGUACAUACUAUCUUGGUGCUGGUAAAACCGAAGCUCCUCCAAGAUGGACAGUUUUUAUUACUUAUGAGAUUUUGAAUGUUUUAUUGGUCUUCUUCAACUUAUAUGAGAAGCCACUUCCGAUGAUCUCACAACUGGCUUUGUACGUUUCUUUGAUUUCUUUCGUGGUUAUUACAAUUGUCGUACUUGCCAAAAGCUCUGGUCAUUAUCAAUCUGCAAGUUUUGUAUUUGCUGAGUUUAGUAACGGUACAGGCUGGUCCUCAUCCGGUAUUGCUUUCAUCGUGGGCUUGAUUAAUCCAAACUGGUCAUUUAGUUGUCUUGAUGCAGCCACUCAUUUGGCUGAGGAGACUUUAUCUCCAGAAACUGAUAUUCCUAAGGCUAUUAUUGGAACUGUCUUUAUUGGCUUCUUUACAUCGUUUGUUUACGUUAUCUCAAUGUUCUUUUCCAUCAGAAACCUACGUGACAUUCUUGAAUCUCAAACUGGUGUGCCAAUUUUAGAUAUCUUCCACCAAGCCUUGGGUUCUCGUGGUGGAGCUAUCGUGUUGGUUUGCUUCUUUUUGCUUACCCUAGUUGGAUGUAAUAUUGCUUCCCACACUUGGCAAGCAAGACUAGGAUGGUCUUUUGCUAGAGAUAAUGGCUUGCCUGGAUCACGCUACUGGUCAAAGGUUGCAAAAACUGGUGUCCCUGUUAAUGCCCACCUUAUGUCUUGUGGUUGGUGUGCUGUUAUUGGAUGCAUCUACAUGGCCUCCACGACUGCUUAUAAUGCUGUGGUCAUUGGAUGUAUUCUGUUCCUUUUGAUAUCAUAUUCUAUUCCUAUUUUGUUCAUGUUGCGUCAAGGCAGAAGCAAUAUCAAGCACGGCCCAUUCUGGCUUGGUAAGCUUGGUCUUGUUUGUAAUGUUGUGGUCGUCUGCUGGACAGUGUUUGCCGUGGUCUUCUACAGUUUACCACCUGAGAUGCCUGUUUCUGCUGACAACAUGAACUACGUUUCUGCUGUUAUCGUUGGAUUUACGGCAUACGCUUUUAUUUAUUGGUUCUGCCGUGGAAAAAAGCAUUUCAAGACCAUUGAACAAAGGGCAGAGCACAUACCAGAGUUGACGCAAAUAGUAUCACAGGAAAUGAUGGAAGCUGAGUUCACAGAUGGACACAAAGUAUAG